UUUUUUUUUUUCAACUCUUGCUCUCUUCCCAAAAUUCUAAUCACUAAAAUAAAAUAAAAUAAAAUAGAAAGACUAAUAAUCUUUAUUUAUUUAUAUUAUUCGUUAAUUUGCAUUUGUGAGUACCGAGAUCGAUAAGCUCCUUCCAUCAAAGGCUCUAAUUAGUUGGGCAGAACAUGUCCAAUCACCAAGAGGGUGAUACUGAAUAUAUGGCGGAUGAAUGUGAAAUGGAAGAUGUAGAAGAUGACAUGGAGGAUGAAUCUAUUAAUAGAGAACGGGGUGGUGUAGAGUCUGACACAGAUGAAUAUGAUAACUCGAGUGGUAAGGUAGUUACAGCUGCUCAGGCUAGAAGAGGACAAGACAUCCAGGGAAUUCCUUGGAAUAGCCUUAGCAUCACUAGAGAAAGAUAUCGGAAAACUAGGCUUGAGCAAUACAAAAAUUAUGAAAAUAUCCCUGGUUCAGGGGACAAGGCAGGAAAGGAUUGUAAGAAUACCAAAAAAGGAUGUUCAUUUUAUGACUUCAGAAAAAAUUCAAGAUCAAUAAAGUCAACAAUUCUUCAUUUUCAGUUGAGGAAUUUGGUAUGGGCUACAUCAAAGCAUGAUGUAUACCUUUUGUCACAGUUUUCAAUAAUGCAUUAUUCCUCUUUGACUUGCAAAAGUUCAGAAGUACUCAAUGUUUCAGGACACGUUGCACCAUCAGAGAAACAUCCUGAAAGUCUAUUAGAAGGAUUUACUCACACUCAAGUCAGUACACUUGCAGUGAAAGAGAAGCUUCUAGUUGCAGGAGGAUUUCAGGGUGAACUUAUUUGUAAGCACCUAGAUCGACCUGGUGUUAGCUUUUGCACGAGAACAACUUAUGAUGAUAAUGCUAUCACCAAUGCCAUUGAUAUUUAUGCUUCUCCCAGUGGUGCAGUUCAUUUCACAGCCUCAAAUAAUGAUUCUGGAGUCAGAGACUUUGAUAUGGAGAAAUUUCAGCUUUCUAAGCAAUUUCGUUUUCCUUGGCCAGUGAAUCAUACUUCUCUCAGCCCAGAUGGUAAACUACUUCUAAUUGUUGGAGACAAUCCUGAAGGUAUGUUGGUGGACUCCCAAAAUGGAAAGACAAUUGUUCCAUUAUCCGGGCAUUUUGAUUAUUCAUUUGCAUCAUCAUGGCAUCCUGAUGGCGUGACCUUUUCCACUGGAAACCAGGACAAGACCUGCCGGAUUUGGGACCUUCGGAAUUUAUCUAAGUCAGUAGCUGUGCUGAAGAGCAACCUUGGAGCCAUCCGUUCAAUAAGGUAUAGUUCGGAUGGCCAGUAUAUGGUUGUGGCAGAGCCUGCAGAUUUUGUACAUGUCUAUGAUGUAAAAAGUGGGUAUGAGAAGGAACAAGAAAUUGAUUUCUUUGGGGAGAUAUCAGGCAUAUCUUUCAGUCCAGACACCGAGUCCCUGUUUAUUGGGGUCUGGGAUCGCACUUACGGUAGCCUUCUUGAGUAUGGCCGACGUAGGCAAUAUUCAUACCUUGAUUCACUCCUUUAGGUUGAAUAUGCAAGGAGCAACAAAUGACAUGGUAGUUGGUGAAACUUGAACAACCUGCUUUAAUAUCUGAUUGAGGUAGGUUGGUUUAUGUAUAAGUGGAGUAUCCUGCUACUGUUAUCAAUUUGUUGUACUGGUAGGGUGUGUUUAUAUCAGAUCGAGUGUGGAAAGUGAGGGGAUGUACAGGAGGCUAGAAGCCAAUUGGUGUGUUGAAUGUGGCUGAUCUUGAGAUGCUGAGUAUCAGAGUGUAAUUUAGAAUGUUUGUGUCUUUGGAAGCAGAUUAUGGAGAGAACAUAUAAAUCAUCAUGUUCUUUGAACUUUGUCCAUUAACGUGUCUUGUAAGCGUUUGAGUGGAAGGGCGUGAAUCUUUCAAGGGAAAAAAAAAAGAAUUUUCUAAUUGGGGAUGUAGUUUUCUUUUAUUUUUUUUAUUCUAACAAAAUUAAUGACAGAUACCUAACAAGUGGGGUUUUGAAGUCAGAAAAGUAGGUAGAUUACGAAGAAAUGUAUCUCGUUGCCCAUUUUUGUCCUUUCUUGGAGUCUAUUCCCUUCUGUGCUUGAAUGCCAAGAUCUGAGGUGGUGUUGCAACGA